UUGAUAUCCUUUUUCAAGGAGGAAGAGUACAGUAGGGUGGAAGAUGAAAAUCGACAUUCUCGUAACGUCACAGUCGGCGAGGUCACAUUGAAGGACUGCUCUUUCUCUUGGGCCAAGAGGGACAAAGAAGUUGGCGAUCCUGUCUUGGAUAAUAUUAGCCUGCGAAUUGAACCCGGCUCGUUCGUUGGCAUCGUGGGCCCAGUGGGCAGCGGCAAGUCUUCCCUCCUGUCAGCCAUCGUUGGAGAUAUGAGGCAGCUGAGUGGCACUGUCUCUCUCAACGGCUCAUUUGGUAUUGUGUCUCAAACGCCGCAAGUAUUAAACAUGACUAUACGAGACAACAUAACCUUCGGGCGGAAGUUUGACGAGUUGUACUACGCUAAAGUGGUGGAAGCUUGCCAGCUCUGUCGGGACAUUAACAAGAUGCCAGCAGGAGAUCUCACUGAAGCUGGGGAUAAGGGUGAAAUGCUGAGUGGCGGUCAGAAGCAGCGGGUGGCGCUAGCACGGGCAGUGUACUCGUGCAGCGACAUCUACCUGCUGGACGAUCCGACCAGCUCCCAAGACGCUCGCGUGGCACAACGCAUCAUACAGCAAGUACUCGCACAAGGUGGACUCCUUGCUAGCAGGACACGAGUCCUGGUGACGAACAACUUAAGGCUGCCCGUAUCUCCAAACCAAUGGAUCCUAAUGCACGAGAAGAAAGGAAUCACAUUUCGUGAUUUGAAAGAAUUGAAAGGCCACCCCGGUGCACCAGUGGAAUUAUUUGAAAACACGCCUUCAAAGCGUCUGUCGGAACGCAGAAACAGCUUGAAUCACAGCGAUCCUCAUUUAGAAGAGAACGAUGAGAAAUUGAAGGUCAUCAAAGAAGAAGGAAUGUCAAGCAAGGGAUUCUUUGAAAUCGUGCGAGCGUACUUCAAGUACUCUGGCUCAUGUGCGCCGGCGGCACUGUUAUUCCUGGCGGGGAGUGCCGUAUUUGUGGCCUGUCAAAUGCUUUGCAUUAAAGCUUGGGUAGCGACGAUGAUGAGCGACACCGUAAACACGACGAACUCGGGGAGAAACAUUCUUUGUUGGCUCGCCUUCUUUUGCUUGGGAGACGUUAUCCUAAGGCUUGUUGGGGGCAUGCUGUUGGCUCGCGCCAAUCACCACCGUUCGCUGAAGCUUCAUGCCGACAUGUUGGAGCGGGUGGCCGGCAGCGCGCUCUCUUUCUUCGACGCUACGCCAAGGGGGCGGACCUUCAAUCGUUUCUCCGUGGAUCUGGAUAUAAACGACACUCGUGUAUUUCUGUUCUUCAAGCUACUUCUGCAGAACCUCUUUUACGUGUUCGCACGUCUCGCCGUGAUAGGAACCCAGGCGCCCUUGGUGUUCGGCCUUACUCUUUGUGCGCAGAUCAUUUUGAUAGUUUGCAUGCGAUAUCUCAUACGGGCCACGAUGUUUGGACGCCUCUACGAAAGCACCCGCCUGUCUCGAGUACUCCAGCACCUGACCGAGACACUCGACUGUGCAGGCCUGAUACGCAGCUAUGGUGUCAUGGAACGUUUCUGCGCUCGGUUCCGCCGAUUCGUAACUGCAUACUUGGAGUCGUUCAACGUGUUUUCCUACUGCUUCGCUAUGGGCCGGCUCAUCAGUACUAUCUGCGCCCUAGUGGUCAUAGUGCUCACCGUAGCUAUAAUCGUUGCACCAGCCCGUGAUGACCCAGGUUCUGCUGCAAUGGCUGGCCUGUCUCUGUUGUCGGCAUUCACGGUUCCAUUUGCUAUGGUGAUGACUUUCCUAGGCGGCUUCUGGAACGCCCUGGGUGACGCUGCUUUCCAGAGGGCUCUGGAAUAUACGGAAUUGCCUUUGGAAAAGGAAGUUGUUACAAAGCGCAAGGAUUCCAUCGGUCACCCAAAACACGGAAGUCCUCGGAUUUUCGUUCAGCCCUACGAUGACUUGUGGCCCAGUAAAGGGGUCGUGAGGUUCGAGAAUUUCAGCGCCUCCUAUCGACCAGGGAUUACCGACGACACGCUCAAAGGUAUAUCCUUUGUAGCAGAAGCGGGGCAGAAGUUGGCUGUCGUGGGGAGGACGGGUGCCGGAAAGUCAUCGCUUGUACUUGCACUUCUGCGUAUGAUCCAGCGCACAUCAGGAAUGAUCACCAUUGACGGAAUAGAUAUACACACACUUCCAUUGAGUCGCCUUCGUACUGUAAUUAGUGUUAUCCCACAGGACUACUCCAUGUUUACUGGCACGUUACGUGAAAACUUGGACCCACACGGCAGCCACUCAGAUGAAGUCCUCUGGAGAGUUCUUAGGAGCGUGCACCUAAGCGACUUCGUCGAAACGACGCCUGAGGGGCUGUCAUUCUCCGUGUCUCAAAAGGGAGAAAACCUGAGUGCCGGUCAGCGACAACUGGUGGCGCUCGCUGGGGCCCUCCUGCGAGCCACAAGAAUUCUGGUGCUGGACGAAGCAACUUCCCAAAUGGACUCGGACACGGAGCGCAGGGUGCAGACGGCUUUGAGGGAGAGCUUCGCGCACUGCACCGUUAUCACGAUAGCGCACCGCAUCGACACCAUACUAGACUACGACAGGGUCGUCGUCAUGGGUGACGGUCGAAUGCUGGAGUUUGGUGGUGUGCGAGAUCUGCUGACUGACCGAUGUUCCGUGUUUCGCAGCAUUGCUGUCAGCGCUGGAAUUGACGUCGCGAAAAGAGUACCCAACAUGGCAUCAAAAUAAAACUACUCUAAAAGUAAUAUUUUUAGCAUAGCCAUGCUGAAACUAGCA